AUUGCAUCCAAACUUGAAGAUUUUUUCAAAAAGCACAAAACAGACUGCAUUUCAAAGCUAUGCUGCAAUAACUUCUUCUGCAAAGAUCAGGAUUAUAUGAGGUCAAGUCAUGGGUGACUGGUCCAUUCUUGGCCGUUUUCUUUCUGAGGUCCAAAAUCAUUCGACAGUGAUUGGCAAGAUCUGGCUCACCAUGCUCCUGAUUUUCCGCAUCCUGUUGGUGGCCUUGGUGGGAGAUGCCGUUUACAACGAUGAACAGUCAAAGUUCACCUGCAAUACCCAGCAGCCUGGAUGCAACAACGUCUGUUAUGACACAUUCGCACCUGUUUCACAUCUGAGAUUCUGGGUUUUCCAAAUUGUGCUGGUUUCCACCCCAUCCAUUUUCUACAUAGUGUUUGUUUUGCAUAAAAUUGCCAAAGAUGAGAAGGUAAAUGGUCAACAAGCACAUGUGCUGAGGCAAAGGCCUUCAAGGCAGAGGUCUGGACCAAAGGAUGGUAUGGAGGCGUUACGGGUGGGUGUGUCCUCUUACUGUCCUCAGUACCGGGAGGGUUGGGAUGAGAGUGAAAGAGCACAACAAAGUUAUUUGGAAGAGGGUCGAGCUGAGCUAGGAGAGGACCCCACUCAGCAAUCUAACCAGGUUCUACUCAUUUAUAUAGUUCAUGUAUUACUUCGAUCUGUCAUGGAAAUCACCUUCCUGGUCGGCCAAUAUUUAUUAUUUGGGUUUGAGGUGCCUCACCUUUACCGCUGUGAAACCUACCCUUGUCCGACUCGCACAGACUGUUUUGUAUCUCGUGCCACAGAGAAAACUAUUUUCCUAAACUUUAUGUUUAGCAUCAGCCUGGGCUGCUUUGUGCUCAACAUUGCAGAGCUCCACUACCUGGGCUGGGUCUACAUUUUCCGUGUUCUCUGCUCAGCUUGCUCCACCUGCUGCAGUCAGGAGACAGACCCAGUGAAAAUGUACUCAAAGGAAAACCCAUUCCUGCUACAACUCAGGCAUUCUCUGAGAGGUCAGCUGGUUCUCCAGACCCGAACAGCCAUGGCAGAGAAGACUGGAGGUGUUCUUACACAUGCUCCAGCUAUCUCAUUUGAAACGGACUCAACUGUUGAAUGCACCUCAAAGAGAAGUCCAGAGAACACGGACAAGGUGAAGUUCAAAUUGGCUAGACUGGGACGAACUAAGAAGUCUUGGCUGUGAGAAUGUUUUUUUAAUGAGCUUGUGUUUUCCAUUCAGUGUGCUUGUAUUAUGAUAAUAAAAAUAGACAAUCAGGUGCUCACU